CGCUUUAAUCUCUUCUUAACCUCAGCAAUAUCCUAAUUUGUUUUAGUACAGCACCAAUAACAUUUUAGUACAGCUGCCUGCCUCGAAAAAGAAUCAGUAGCAAAAAUUCAUUAUUUACAGAAAAUUUUAUGAUUAAAUUUAAUUCACUCAUAAUUCUCGAGCUAAUUUGAUAAUGUCAUCACCGGAAAGUGACAAAAGCCGUAAAUAUGAUCGCCAAAUAAGAUUGUGGGGAGAUCAUGGACAGAGCUUGCUUGAAAACUCACAAAUCUGCUUAAUUAAUGCAAACGCAUUAGGUACUGAGAUUCUCAAAGGACUCGUGUUGCCAGGAAUCGGAAGUUUCACAAUAAUUGACCAUAAUCUCGUCACGGAAGAAGAUAUUGGGUCCAAUUUCUUUCUCGAAUCAUCGUCAUUAGGACAAAAUAGAGCAAAAUGUUGUACGCAAUAUCUGCAGGAACUAAAUCCAGACGUAAAUGGCGAAUCAAUUGAUGAGAACGUCGAUAACAUAAUUGCCAAUAAUUCUGACUUCUUUAAGAACUUUUCGGUAGUUGUUGCAUGCUCAUUGACUGAGAAAUCCUUGAUAAAGUUGUCGAAUCUUUUAUGGGAUUUCAAUAUUCCAUUAAUAGCAUGUAAGUCACUUGGAUUCUUUGGCAUCGCUCGUGUACAAAUGAAGGAAUAUUGUGUAGUUGAGACACAUCCAGACAAUAAGCAUCAUGAUUUAAGAUUAGAAGAACCAUUUGAAGCAAUGCUCGAGUAUUGUGAGAAAAUUGAAUAUGGAUCAAAAGUUCCUUGGCUUGUUAUCCUGUUUAAGCACAUCCAAGAAUAUAAAAAGACUCACGAUGGAAACUUACCUGAAACGUAUAAGGAAAAGAUAGAAUUAAAGGACAUGAUACGUAGCAGCAUGACAGCAGACGAAGAGAAUUUCGAAGAAGCAAUUAGGUCUGUUAAUAGCAGUUUUGGAGGCGGUAAGCCAAACUCAACAAUUCAACACAUUCUCAACGACGAGAGCUGUACAAAAUUAAGUAAAUGUAGUUCAUCAUUUUGGAUCAUGGCUCAUGCAUUAAAAGACUUUAUUAAUAAAGAAGGAACUGGAUAUUUGCCGCUUCCAGGAAAUAUCCCUGACAUGACAGCAGAAACAGCCUUAUACAUUAAUCUACAAAAUGUUUAUCGUGCAAAGGCAUUACAAGAUGCUGAUGUGAUUUUCCGUCGUGUUCAAGAACUACUCGAAGAGCUUAACAAGUCAUGUGAUUCAAUUACGGAGAAAGAAGUUCGUCUCUUUUGUCGUGAAGCUGCUUAUUUGUCUGUAACUCGCGGAAGUAAGAUUGCAGACGAAUAUGAAAAAGGAUCAAAUUCAGCACUAGUAUCCAGCGAAUUGGAGAAUAUUGAAUCAUUAAUGGGACAUUAUGUAGCACUAAGAAGUCAAGAUCGAUUCGUGACUGAACAUGGCUGCAUGCCUGGCGAAAUUCAAGUUGAUAUUGACGUGGCAAGGAUUAAAAGUCAAGCAAGUCGAUUAUUAAAUGAUUGGGGAAUCAAUGCACAGCUUAAUGAUGAUUUAUUCCACGAAAUUUGUCGUUAUGGAGGUGCUGAAAUUCAUACAAUAUCCGCAUAUCUUGGCGGCUGCAUUGCUCACGAAGUCAUUAAGCUUGUAACGCGUCAGUAUAAGCCUUUUGACAACACUAUCAUUUACGAUGGCAUAACAUCCCAAUGUGUUACUUAUAAGUUUUAAAUCAAUUAAAUUAAGUCAAACACUUGUUGUUACUGUACUUUUCCUUCUCUACUUCCAAUUGAUGUUUUUGUGUCGAUGAGAGGGAAAAGUUCGUGUUUUUUUUUUUGGAGAAAUAAAAAAGAGUAAAUAAGGUUUUUGCAUAAAAUGUGCUGUAUUGUUAUUUGGUUUUAAGCUAGGGUCUAAGCUAGGUCUUGAUUUAUGCAACUUCUGGAUUUGUUUAAAAAAUUU